ACGGAUGUCACUAACAGUUGAACAAUCUCAAGCGCUGUUAUCCCGCUCAUAGAAGGCGGGCUAUUGCCACUUCCUCUUUUGUGUGCCUAUCUUGUGUGAAGAGAAAGAGAGAGAGAGAGAGAGAGAGAAAGAGGGAGAGAAAGCAUGUAUUUGUUUGUGCCAUAUGGCCACAAGUAGAACUUGAUGCCAUACGUUAUCCACCACUGGAUAGCAGGCUGCAGAGACUGUGACCACCCUAUGGGUACCCUAGAGACGUUUCAGGCACUAAACAUACCCUGGCCCACCGUGUGACUGUGUUCUGUGGUUAUCACCUUCGUUGACACCUGUUAGUGUGAUAAAUGCUCGCCUGGCGUCCAGAUGGAACUUGCAGGCUCCGUCGGGGGGAAUUCUUCCUCCUCCUCCUCCUCCUCCUCCUCCUCCGAAGGCGACUGUGUGCCCGACCAUGAGUGGGGGCACACCAUGGAGCAGCUCUACACCUGGCUCUAUCUCAUCAUCCUGGUGCCCGGGUUGCUAGGCAACAGCGUGGCACUCUGGGUUCUGUGCCGCUUCAUAAGAAAGAAGACCAAGGCGGUCAUCUUCAUGAUCAACCUGGCGGUGGCCGACCUGCUUCACGUGCUCUCCUUGCCGCUGCGCAUCUACUACUACUUUAGCCACAGCUGGCCGUUCGGCCACGGCAUGUGCAUGCUGUGCUUCUACCUGAAGUACCUGAACAUGUACGCCGGCAUCGCCUUCCUGGUGUGCAUCAGCAUCCAGCGCUGCGCCUUCCUGUGCUACCCCUUCUGUGCCAAGAGCUGGAAGCGGCGCUACGACGUGCGCAUCAGCGCCAUCAUCUGGCUGGUGGUGGGACUGUGUUGCAUGCCUUUCAUACUCAUGAGGUCUAGCACCAGCGACAGUAGUCCCGCCCCUGACGUUCUAUCUACCAAUGGCGUCGCUGGCGACAACGCCCACCACCCGGGCAAUGGCUCCAGCUGCUUCAAGGACCUGCCCAUGCGUCAGCUGAAGCCGCACGUGGCUGUGCCCAUGAUGGCGUUCGCCGAGCUGGUGGGCUUCGUGCUGCCUCUCACCAUCGUGCUGACGUGUGCGUGUCUGAUCCGCCGCUCGCUGCGCCGCGCCAAGGGCCUAAGCGCCGGCGCCGAUGCCGACACCUGCCGGGCGCUGCGCAUGGUGCACGUGUGCACCGCUGUCUUCCUGGUGUGCUUUGGGCCGUACCACGUCAACUUCCUGUUGUACAUGAUGGUGUCACAGAAACUGAUCAUGCACUGUGGCCUGGUGCUGGUCGUGCAGCGCUGCCACCCGGUCACUCUGUGCAUCGCCAGUCUCAGCUGCUGUCUCAACCCACUGGUCUACUACUUCCUGACCACCGAGUUCCGAGCGCAGCUGGCGCGCCACGGCAGUUCCGUGCUCAGAGGCCGGCUCUUGAGCUUGGAAAGCAGCUCCACGGCACAUGGCUAGCCUUCAGUUUCCACAAGACAAACAAACUGAACUCUCUUUGUGUGUGUGUGUGUGUGUGUGUGUGUGUGUGUGUGU